UUUGCAUGUACUUCAAUGUUCCUUGAUUUGCCGGAUGUUUGGCCAAGGCUCUUCUUUCGAUGUGGUCGCUUUGAGCCGCAGCUUGAAAGGAAAAGACUGGAGACAGGCACUCCACAGGUUCGACGCCUUCUGUGAAGCCCGCGGGCAGCCUGACCUGGUCGCUUUCAACGUUUUAAUCCGCGAUGCUCCCUGGGUCAUGUCGGUGGAACUGAUGCAGGACAUCUUGCCAAUGAGGCCUGACGUGGUGACCAUUAGCACGGUCGUCAAGUGCUGCACUGAGAACUCAGUGUGGCUUCCAAGCACCCGGCUGCUAGCCUUUGCAAGGCAAAGUUCUGUGGAGGUCGACCGAGUGGCCAGGAACUCACUGAUGUUUGGCUUCUGUCAAGGACAAGAAUGGGAGCGCUCUUUGGAGGUUGCUCCGACAGUUGCUGACCUGUACACCAAAGACGGCCUGGUCAUGGCUGCAGCACGCGGCUUGCGCUGGACCUUGGCCUUGUGCUUGAGGUCAGAGAGCCAGAUCGGCCAUACAGCCUUACUUGGCACCUUCUCCAAGGGUGAGAAGUGGCAGCUAGCUCUUGAUUUGCUGCAAUCUGCAGGCACUUGCCGCUCAAGCGCUGACUCGCAGGUGUGUGCAAGCGCUUUGUUUGCUCUUCAAGGGCGUUGGCGACGGGUGUUGGGCCUAUUGCCGAGCAGGAAGGUCAUAUCCCCGAACCUGCUGGAGGCUGCCUUGCAGGCCUGCGCUGCAGCCAUGCAACGGGGGCAGGCAGCACGUCUCUUCCAGCAGCUGUCAAGUCCCAGCAUCACUGCCUUCAAUGCACUUUUGGCAGCCUGCGGAGCAGCUUGGCAAGAAGCGAUUUGGUUGCUUACAAGGCUAGAGGCUCCCUUCAGAUGAGCUUUGGUGAGCCACCAUACCGGCUUGACCAAGUGCUGCCAGAAGAACAGGUGUUUUGUCAGAUAUUCUAUGAUAUUCUAUAUAAUUUCCGUGUUGUAGGCGACUGCCAGACCCAGCUGCGUCAGCAGGAAGCCCGGGCCGGCAUGUCAUCACUGGUUGUAGUGCAGAGCAGCCUUUGCUACAACCCCUUUAACGAGAUGUUUCAAUAAUCAGGUUUCUAUAAGUCAUGAUUGACGGCGUGUGCUUGUAUGUGUCGUUCUUGGGCUGGCUGACUAAUGAGUAUAUAUACUAAUUAAUCAGCGAACAUGUUCGUUUGGGCAGGGUGAUUUGUCUUGGACGUGCAAGCACAUGGCGAGUGGUUGACAAUGUAAUUACUGACAGUGCUGCUACAAGCGGGAUGCGUUGAAUUCUCCAACAUUUAUUCUAGGUUCUAGGCUCUGGACCCAGGUUUGUUGGCUGCAGCAAAGAACCCUUUGGCACGCCCUGUGACCGCGGCAAGGGGCUUGUGAACCCUUGAUUUGGAACACCAUACCAUACUCCUAUAGCUUUGUACCCUGAUGACACGGCAGAGUGCUUUUCCCAGGAAGCUAGGGUACUCAUGAGACUUCAUUGUCAGCCAUCAAGAGUGUGUUAUAAUGUUCCCUGCC